GAAGAACCGAACGGUUCGGUUUGCCCAGGCUGACCUGCCGGUACCCGGCAGUCCAGAACCGGACGGAUUCCACCGUCGUGUGGUAGCUCCCGCAACGGCGCCGUCUCCAACACCGAAUCGUGAUGGAGACUUGGAUCCGCGCCGUGGUGGAGGCCAUCCACUCCUCUCGCGCCCAGGCCGUCAUCUACCUCGCCGGUGGCGCUUCCCAGGCGCUCGGCUGGCUCCUGUCCGUGCCCGGCGCGUCCGGCAGCGUCCUCGAGGUCGUCGUGCCCUAUUCCAGGUCCUCCAUGGCGCAGCUACUCGGCAAGAUGCCCCUGCAAUUCACGAGCAAGCAGACUGCAGAGGACAUGUCACUGGCCGCCUUCAACCGUGCCCUUAAGCUUUCUGGACCAGGUCUACAAGUAAUGGGUGUCGGUUUUUCUGGGUCACUCGCUAGCUCACGUCCAAAACAUGGUGACCACAGGUUCUAUGUGUCAACUCGGACACAAAAUUGCCUAAGGACAUCACAUGUAACAUUAUCAAAGGGUUUACGGAACAGAGAGGAAGAAGACAAGGUCUCAAGCUAUUACGUGCUCAAGGUGAUUGCAGAUGCCUGCAGAGUUUCUGCAACUAUUCCAACAGACGUUCAAGAACCUGAAAUUCCAAAAGAAAGUGUGGAACAAUUUGAUGAAGACCAAGAGCUCCAGCAAGUUAUUGAUGGAAAAGUCUGCAUGAAAGUAUACCACUUUUCUGAUCCAGUGGAAAAGAACUUUGACAGGAAACUAAUUCUACCUGGUUCAUUCAAUCCCUUGCAUGAUGGUCACCUUAGGUUGUUAGAAGUUGCAUCAAGCAUUUGUGAUGAUGGGCUCCCAUGCUUUGAGAUAUCAGCAGUCAAUGCUGAUAAACCUCCACUAUCUAUUGCAGAAAUUAAGCGCCGUGUUGAGCAAUUCAGAAUAAGAGGGAAGAAUGUAAUCAUAUCUAACCAACCUUACUUUUACAAGAAAGCAGAACUUUUCCCAGGCAGUGCUUUUAUAAUUGGUGCUGACACUGCCGCUAGGCUUGUUAAUCCUAAGUAUUAUGGAGGUGACUGCAAAAGAAUGCUGGAGAUUCUUCUUGAAUGUAAAAGCACUGGCACAACAUUUCUUGUUGGUGGUCGAGAAAUUGAAGGAGUUUUCAAGGUCCUUGAACAUUUGGACAUUCCAGGAGAGUUGAGGGACAUGUUUACCUCUAUACCAGAAGAGAAGUUCCGCGUGGACAUUUCAUCUACUGAAUUAAGAAAAAGCCAAGGGCUCUAAUGUGUGAAACACAUGGUCCUACUAUGCAGAAGAUUCAAGACGUUCGUUUCUUGAGCGAAUCUUCGCAAAUAGCCAUGGCAGUGUUUGAUGGCAUAGCCUUGGUCAUGCAAAUAAUAAAUUUAUGUGUACCUUAGUAAAAGUAAAACACAUAGCAUUAGUAUUUCAAUCACAGAUGUCAGAAGGCAACAGAUGCCCCUUCCUUUUUCUAGUAUACUGUUAUUGGACACUUUUAAUGUGUCAUACUUGUACAGAUUCCUCAGUGACACAGUUAAAAAAAAGAAAAUCACUUCUUGAUAACGACAUACGUUGUUUGAGGUUAUAGAAUAAGAGUUCUUCUCAUAUAUAUUUUUUAGCUAGCUGAUGAAAAUAUGAUUGUAUACAUUAAUAGGUACACCUGGAUGCUAGCAGUCUGGUCUGAACUCUCAACUGGACUUUCAUCUGCUUCGCUUGUCUGGGAUAAUUUUGCUUAUUGAAUAGAAUCGCUUCCCUUGAAAGCCACUCCAGUAACUGGGCCUCUUGGUAUUUUGCUGACCACAUUGGAAUCAAUCUUCUCAUAGAACUUCUUGAUGUAUUCGCCUCCCCUUGCAAGUAGAUGGUCCACUUCUGUCUCGUAUCGUUGGUACAAUGCUGGCAAAGUGUGGGCGCACAAGAAUCCUGUGGAAGAAAGUUAUGUUAUAGUAUUUGGAUGUUUUUGAUCUAUAUUGUUUCAUGAGACUGGAUUGUUUGGUGUGUUCUCCUUGCAUCCUUUAUUUAGUUCUACCUUUUUUUUUGCAACUUAUGAUUUUCUGUCCCACUUACCAAGAUAGAGUAGGCUUGUCAAGCUGCAAGAAUCUCCAAUCACUGAUAGCGCUAGCAGGGAUGCAAUGACCUUAAUGGUAGAAACGACUUGAAUGUUAGUACAAGUUUGAGUUAAACAGAAAUUGCUAAACAAUGGUAUGAAUAUUUUUGCUAAACGGUGUGUUGAGUAUUGUGUCAUGUCUUUGUAUCAAUCCUUUUGUACACGCUGACACUGGAAUUGUCACAGGAUUUGUCUUUUCCUUAUCAAAGAUAGUACAGCAAAGAUGUGGAUUCUGUACCAACAAGAGUUUCUUCAGAUCCUUUCCACAAGCAAUGUCAUAAAGAAGAGAUACAGCAUAUGACAGUUUGUGAUGACUGGUCAAAACCAGUUCUCUGAAGGCAUGUUCAGAGAUGACAACUUCUGGGAUCCUUGGCGGGGCUCUGCAAUUUGAAAUUGGCCAAUAAAAAGGAAGCCAUACCUGUCGAAGAUUGGUGCAGCAUUUGACCAAAUGAAGAUGACAAGCAUGACAAAUAUGGCAAUCUGGGAAAGGAGCGGAAUUAUGUUAUAUUCAACCACGUCAAACAGGAACCAGAUCAGUGUGGCCCCGGCAAGGACCCCUGCAGAUAAGUUCCUAUUCUUCCACAGCAGAAUGUCUGCAGCUGCAAACCCCGACAUUUGAAUCCAUAAUUGCGUUGGAGGAAAUAUGGUACAUCAGAUAA